UGGCAGUUUAGCUGAGCAAGAGGUAUCACGUUUGGUUUAUUUAUCCUUCUCCCUCCCCAAGAAUCAGGGGAGGCAGCGCUGGGUGCCCUGCCCACAGGCCAGAGCAGGUAUGAAGGAGAGGCUUGUACCACCGUGGAGGUGCCAAGAACCACCUAAAUCCAGCCCCGCCGCCUGCACCAGCGCAGCCCCUGGCGCCGAGCAGUGUUGCUUCAGCUGCUAGUACUUAAGGCUCCUUUGCUUGGAAACAGUUCAGCUCCCGGGAGCAAUAAGAUGCAGUUUACAGAUCCAAACUGAAGACGAGAGAGGAAGACCAGCCUGUCUAGCACCAUGGCCCAGAGCAGAGCACUGCUGCUGCUCUUGCUGCUGCCGCCGCAGCUGCACCUGGGACCUGUGAUGGCUGUGAGGCCCCUGGGGUUUGGCCGGAGUGGUGCCCACAGCCCAAGCCCUGAGGAGAACGAGUUUGUGGAGGAGGAGCCUGUGCUGGUCCUGAGCCCCGAGGAGCCAAGGCCUGGCCCUGCCACCAUUGACUGCCCCCGGGACUGUGCCUGCUCCCAGGAAGGGGUUGUGGACUGUGGAGGCAUCGACCUGCGUGAGUUCCCAGGGGACCUACCUGAGCACACCAAUCACCUGUCCCUGCAGAACAAUCAGCUGGAGAAGAUCUACCCUGAGGAACUCUCCCGGCUGCAGUGGUUGGAGACUCUGAACCUCCAGAACAACCGCCUGACCUCCCGAGGGCUCCCCGAGGAGGCGUUUGAGCACCUGACCAACCUCAAUUACCUGUACCUGGCCAAUAACAAGCUGACGUUGGCACCUCGAUUCCUGCCAAAUGCCCUGAUCAGCGUGGACUUUGCUGCCAAUUAUCUCACCAAGAUCUAUGGGCUCACCUUUGGUCAGAAGCCAAAUUUGAGGUCUGUGUACCUGCACAACAACAAGCUGGCGGAUGCCGGGCUGCCGGACAGCAUGUUCAAUGGUUCCAGCAAUGUCGAGAUCCUCAUCCUGUCCAGCAACUUCCUGCGCCACGUGCCCAAGCACCUGCCACCUGCCCUGUACAAGCUGCACCUCAAGAACAAUAAGCUGGAGAAGAUCCCACCUGGGGCCUUCAGUGAGCUGAGCAACCUGCGCGAGCUGUACCUACAGAACAACUACCUGACGGAUCAGGGCUUGGACAAUGAGACCUUCUGGAAGCUCUCCAGCCUGGAGUACCUGGAUCUGUCCAGCAACAACCUGUCACGGGUCCCUGUGGGGCUGCCACGCAGCCUAGUCCUGCUGCACCUGGAGAAGAACAUCAUCCAGCGGGUGGACGCCGAUGUGCUGACCCCCAUCCGCAGCCUGGAGUACCUGCUGCUGCACAGCAACCAGCUUCGGGCUGACGGCAUCCACCCACUGGCCUUCCAGGGCCUCAAGCGGCUGCACACAGUGCACCUGUACAACAACGCACUGGAGCGCGUGCCCAGUGGCCUGCCCCGCCGUGUGCGCACCCUCAUGAUCUUGCAUAACCAGAUCACAGGCAUCGGCCGUGAGGACUUUGCCACCACCUACUUCCUAGAGGAGCUCAACCUCAGCUACAACCGCAUCACCAGCCCGCAGGUGCACCGUGACGCCUUCCGCAAGCUGCGCCUGUUGCGCUCGCUCGACCUGUCCGGCAACCGCCUGCACAUUCUGCCCCCAGGGCUGCCCCGCAAUGUGCAUGUGCUGAAGGUCAAGCGCAAUGAGCUGGCUGCCCUGGCGCGUGGGGCGCUGGCGGGCAUGGCCCAGCUUCGAGAGCUCUACCUCACCAGCAACCACCUGUGGAGCCGUGCCCUGGCCCCCCGUGCUUGGUCAGACCUCGCCCACCUGCAGCUGCUGGACAUCGCUGGGAAUCAGCUCACAGAGAUCCCCGAAGGGCUCCCUGAGUCGCUCGAGUACUUGUAUCUGCAGAACAACAAGAUUAGCACCGUGCCCGCCAAUGCCUUUGACUCCACACCCAACCUCAAGGGGAUCUUUCUCAGGUUUAACAAGCUGGCCGUGGGCUCUGUGGUUGAAAGUGCCUUCCGGAGGCUGAAGCACCUGCAGGUCUUGGACAUUGAAGGAAACAUUGAAUUUGGUGAUACUUCCAAGGGCCGUGGCCACUUGGAGAAAGAAGAGGAGGAGGAGGAAGAGGAAGAGGAGGAAGAUGAGGAGGAAACAAGAUAGUGACAAGGUGACAGAUCUGACCUAGGAUGAUGGAUCAUGGACUCCUUUCUGCAGCACGUGCCAUGUCCUGUGAGCACCAUCUGCACGCUCACACAGACGCACCCAGCGCGGAACCCAUGGGCCAUCCCACCUGCCAGAGGCUCAACGCCAUCUUGGGUCCCUACCCCUUCCUGCAAUGUGUCCCACGGCCAGACAAGUACAGACACCACGCUACACCCACGCACACCCAGCUUGGCCACACACAGAGCCAGCUGCGCAUCACCCUCCAAACAAACGAUCCUACUCUCCAGCUCAGGCCCACCUCUGCGGACUUGCCUGCCCUCUGAGUCACACAGACUCAGGCAGGGCCUGUCCUUCCCUGGCACACUUAGCCUGUGCACACACACACACACACACACACACUCACCUGCAAGCACCCCCUACACACACACACACAUACAUCAAUGCCACCAACAGCUCUUGCCCCUAGCCACAUGUGGCCAGGACUGCUCACUAUCUGCCUGGCCUUCUGUCUGUCUGCUACCUGGAGAAUACACAGGGUUAUCUCCUUGCUCUGUGUCCAGGUGCUUUCUGCGGUCUGGAACUCACAAAAGCUGGCUUUUGUUCCUUUCCCUCCCUUUGGGGACAGGAACCUUCUGGAUUUCUGCCCGCCAGGUGCUGAGGCAGUCACCCUGCUGAGCGCGCCCCCCCCUGCUGUGCACUGGCAGGCCACAGGCACUUUUGAUGGACAGGCCUCAAGGAAGCCAGUGGAAGGCCUCCUGGGUACUCCGGGGAGCCGAGGCCAUGGAGCUGGAGGAGCAGGCAGGAAGGGCCGGGCUAUACCUAGGAGACACUCUAUACUUAGGGCCUUCAGGGAAGUUCUGGGUGCCUUUUUUUCUUUUUAGUUUAGUUUAGUUUUUUUUUUAAGAAAAGAAAAAUGAUAAAAAUCUCAAAGCUGACUUUUCUUGUUACAGAAAAACUAAUAUAAAAGCAUUAUCCCUGUCCUUGCA